UUAAUAGAAAGAUAAGACAGCGAAGCCGUAGAGAAUAUUAACAGGAUUCGAUUGUAACGGGUUUGAACAUUUCUCGACUGUGUUCAUAGACGAUCGGCUAUUGAAUAUCAAAUUUCGUGUCCGAGUGUGUGUUUGUUCAAUACGAUCGAAAUCUGAUAGGAGUGUUGCAUGAAUCCAUUAAUUUAUGCAAUUAACCGGACGACGAUCCAGCUAGGAAACAAGUCGACUGAAUGUUAUCUGAAAAUUAUUUCAAAUACGUAUGUAAGUAAUAUUUUAAGUAUCUAACUGUACAUAUCGUAGGAGAAUUACGAUAUUUGUUUGGUCCUUUGCAACGAUUAAUCAAACGUCUAACACGAGGAAUAACUUUUUGAUAAUAAUUGAUAGACAUUCACUCGACUAAGUUAGAUGGAAUAUUUUAAAAGAGAAUCGUAAGAGAUAAGACGAGGACGUAGAACGACGACACAAAAAAGUCGAUUCGGUUCUUCGGCAGGUUCUUGAACUUGGAUGAUGAUCGAGCAAAGUGGUGGGACCAGCUAUCUUUUCCUGGUCGAUGGUACUCGCUGGAGGUCAUACCUCGCUCGUCCUUCGUAUAGUCAAGACGUUCCUUCUAACAUCUCUCUUUGCUUAGAUCGCAAAAGAUAAUAUAAUAGAAAAAAUCGUUACGUUUAAUUCGCAUAUUUCAAGGAAUUAAUCUAUAAUUAUACUUUUAAAAGCCGUGGUAACGAUGUUCUCGAUUAACAUGAGAUUGUUCAAGACGACAACUCUUUUAUUAUUAUUCGCAUUUGUUGGAACUUACGUAAGGUGUUUGCCAAUUGAGGAAUCCCUAUCUACAACUUCCUCUUCGUUAUCGACAACGACAACACUCUCUAACUCCGGUGAUCAUUAUGAUCAAAGACAAAAUGGUACCGACAAUUAUCGUAUUCACGUUGACGGCGUAGUCGUGGUGGUUGCACCAGUCGAGGCACUUUUGUUGGCAGGUGAUGUCGUUGGCACCAAUCAGUCUGAUAUAUCGUUGUUGGAAUCUACUUUGUACAAUUCCAAACCAGAAGAUGAGAAACCAAAUAUCGAACAUUCGGAGAAACCGACUGUCUCACCGAAAUCUACACACAGAUCCAGUUUACGUUUAAUGAAUCUACUUGCUCCCUUUAUACGCCGUCUUUAUCACAAAGAAUGAAUCCGACACUGACUUCUAAAAAGAUCUUCCAAGACUUAUUUCUUACUGUAAUGUAAUAUAAAAAUGUGAUAUAUAAUCCAUUACUUAUGAUAUAGAUAUUUUAUAUAUAUAUGUGUGUACGUAUAUUAUUUUAAAGGUAUUCUUGAUUAUGCCUUCGUUAAUAGAUUUACUAUAUAAUAAAUUAAAGGUGCAUAAGCACGUUUGUAAUACUAUAUAUUUAGUAUAUAUAUAUAUAUAUAACGAUCCUUAUGUUAUAUCAUAUGCAAUCAUUUUGUAAAUCGACAGUAUACUCACCUUUACCGUUUAUCGAUCUAAAAUGUGAUUAUCUUAACGCACACGGACUCGAUACAGUUUAUUCUACAAUUUCUUCUUGAAAUGAAAUAUAUUUGAUUAAAAAUUAAAAUACAUUGUUCAUGAUUUUUGUCUACUUAUUUCUCUCUGUGUGUGUAUGUGCGUAUGUGUAUAUGUAUGUGUGUUUUCUUUCGUUUUCGUCUUUCUCUCUUAUUUUUUGUUUUGUUUUGUUUCGUUUCGUUUUGGUAUAUGAUCACAAUACUUCGUAAUAUUUUGUAUAAAAAUGCUUAAGACUAUAUGCUCCUUUGCAUGUA